CCGAGAGCCAGGUUGGCCCUAGAGAUGGGGUCCGAGCUCGGUCGCCUAAAGGGAGUUGGACGGCUACCGACAGGGGAGCCCGGCUGGGAAGGGGCGGGACUGCAGGGCGCCCCUCUCUGCUCCCCCCUGGACAACGGAGGAGCCCAGUCCUACUGAGCACACUUCUCCCAGUUGCCCGCGGGGUCCAGGAGUCAGUGUUCCCGUGUUCGGAUACCCUCGUUGGCUGGGACUGCGCGCGAGGGCCUCGGCUUCCUCAUCCCUAGAAUGGGGCCAGGUCGGAUGUGCCGAUCGUUCCCUUGGCAGGACUCCAAUGCAUGCGGCGGAGAGACAGAUGGGCGGCCCCACGUGACCGCCCCCGCGAGGCCCCGCCCGCCCUGGGUGCGAGGGUGGAGGUGCCCGGCGGGGUGGGCGGGUCCUUGGCCACGGCUCCGGAGAGGCGCGCGGCUCCGCGGCCCGCUAGCCUCGGGGCUGGGGCCGACGAACAUGGGGGCUGCAGCCCUGGCGUCGCGGGCGGCCACGGUGCAGGCGAAAGCCCUGCGGAGACCCCGCGCGUGACCCUGUGCGCGUCUGGAGAGGAUGCCCGAGACGGCGCGCGGCAGCUGACGGGGCGCACGUCGCGGGUCCGAGUGGGUGACGACAAUAGCGCGCGGGGAACGGGCCAUGAGGAGCGCUCUGGCCGCCCGGCCCAAGGCUGGCAUCAGGGCUGGCAGCGUCCUGCGGCGCUGAGGGUGUGAGGCAGCGAGGGGCGUGCGUGGCGCCAUGGCGCGGGAGGAGUGCAAGGCGCUGCUGGAUGCGCUCAACAGGACGACCGCGUGCUACCACCACCUGGUACUGACCGUCGGCGGCUCGGCGGACUCGCAGAACCUGCGCGAGGAAUUGCAGAAGACGCGGCAGAAGGCGCACGAGCUGGCCGUGGCCACCGGCGCGCGGCUGACGGGCGCGCUGCGUGACAAGAGCCUGGCCGCCGAGGAGCGCGCCGAGUUCGAGCGCCUCUGGGUGGCCUUCUCCGGCUGCCUGGACCUGCUGGAAGCCGACAUGCAGCGCGCGCUGGCGCUGGGCUCCGCCUUCCCGCUGAACGCGCCGCGACGACCGCUGGUGCGCACCGGGGUGGCGGGCGCCGCGUCGGCUGUGGCGGCGCGCGCCCUGAGCGCCCGCAGCCUGCGGCACGAGGCGGAGCACGACUUCGACGUCGCCGACCUGCAGGAGCUGGAGCGCGAGGUCCUUCAGGUGGGCGAGAUGAUCCAAGACAUGGAGAUGAAAGUCAACGUGCCCCGCUGGACAGUGCAGGCCCGGCAGGCGGCGGGCGCUGAGCUCCUGUCCGGCGCCAGCGCCGGCGCUUCUUCGGCCGGCGGCAUGUCAGUGGAGGAGCGCUCCGGACCCUGCGACCCGAGCAAGGCCCUGGCUGCCACCCUAUUCAGCGCAGUGCUGCUAGCAGCCGUCGCCCUAGCCGUGUGCGUGGCGAAGCUGAGCUGACCCACACCAGUCUGCUGCCCCGCGUUCUCCCCGGAGACACGACUACGGAAGGGCCGGGGGUCCCGCCUGAUCAAGGGGAGAGGUUGUGAGACCCGAGUGUGCGUGUGUACACGCGCGUUUCAAGCACGCGUCUGCCUGGGUGCGACAUGGCCUGGGAGGAGUUAACUUGGCGCGGGCCGCCGGAGCAUUAAAGUCUGCGGGAGAUUUAGACCCUAUUAAUAGAAACGGUCGCCAGUCGCCGUCCCAGAUCCUUCCGAGUUAAUGGGUUAAUACGAGUGCCGCUGGGCGUCUUUACGCGGUGCCCAGGUUCGGUGCCCCCCGCCCUGCCAGCGUGUCCCACGCUCCGCGAGGGACAGUUUGGGGAAGGCGCUGAGAUGGAGGGAAGCUUGGCGGGGGAGGGAGCUGUUUUGCUCCGUGAGAGUGGUUGCUGUGUUGCCCGGACAAGAAACAAAUCGCCAUGAGAUUUUGUUGUUGUUAUUAUUACCUUAAUCCUUUGGGGCCUAAACUUCGGAGAGUGCAAGCAGUAGGAGUUUGCGCAAAGUGCUUCCUCUAACCGCGCGCUAUUGCGCUUCUUGGCAAGAGCUUAUCCGUUAUGCACUCAAAGCAGGUGGAAGAUGUUUGUUCCUGGAAACCAAGCAGCCCAAGACCCACCGCGUUACACGUGCGUGCAGGAGCGAGCUCGCCCCCCCCCCCCACCAGCCAGCCCAGGAUCAGAGGCUUUGGCAAAGCCCACGCGUGUUUAAAACGCACUUUCUCCUUCGCAGGGGCUUGUUUUUUUUUGUUCCACGGCUCGCCCCAUGUGUUUGAUCCUCCUUCGGAGGGGCCCUGGGGAAUCCUCUUUGAAGCACUUAAUCCUGUCUAUCUCCCGGAAUUUGCUUGCUGGCCAGCAGGAGAGCCAGCUUUGCAGGGAGCUGCUCAGCUCCCUGCCCACCCCCCACCCCCGCAGGGGGUCAUGUGGCAUUACUGGCCCACAGAGGUUUUGAGCCACUCAGCUCUGGGACUGAGAAUGUAGCAGCUUUACUGGGAAUUUAAGAAGCUUUUUAUGAAUAGUCAUAUUAAGACAAGGGCAGAGCCAGCUCACUUACUGUCAAAGGUGUUUUUAAUAAAAGACAUUGGGCCACGCAUUAAUCGUGCCAAUGAGUCAAACACAGCACCUUUACGAAUACCAGUGUACUCGUGUUAUUAAAUAUAUGAAUGCCCUGUUUACAAUCUACCUUCUGGAAGUCAGAGGUGAAAGCAUACACUGGGACCACAGGCACAGACGACAGAAUAGUUAAGUGUCCCUACUUCUUUGGAUUAAUGAAUGAGGCAACGUGGAAAGCCUCAGGUGGGGAGUAGCCAGAGCAGCACUGCCAUUUUACAGCUGGGGGGAAGUGGGACAGAGAACACGGAUGCCCGUGACUUUCAAAGGUGAUUUGGAAUAAAACCCAGAGACUUUGGUUUGGCUGAAAACUGAUAAGGAUUAUUAUUAUUUUAUUAUUUAACCCAGGUGUGAGGAAAGGGAUUAAAAGGGGGAACUGGCAGUUUUUCACAAGGGUGGCAGGGCCAAGGCCAGUGGCAGCAGGGGUGCUGUCUGGGUGCCCCAGCCUGAGCACCUCUCCCCACCGCCACCCCAUCCCACCCCACGCCUGCUCAGCUUACAGACUCCAGGACUUCAAACAAGAAAAGCUCGGGUUGUUUUCAUGCAUCUCUGAUCAGGCUUUUAAAAGACUCAUGAGGUCUUAAGCAGACUAAAUAUUUUAUAGCAAUAACUAAAAUAAGAAGCUCUUCCUGCCUCGCCCAGUUUGAGGGUGGGGGAUCUGAACAGGGGCCACACUGCCAGGUCCUAGGCACCUGCAAGCCCCGAAUGCCUUUGGAGAGACACAGAAACCUCCUGAACUCCUGUUCCCACGCACAACACAACCAGCAGUCUGUUCAUCCUUCCCCAGGGUCUCUCUUAGGUAACAGGCUGGGAUAUUCUGUGACCCAGUAUUGGGAAAUAGGCCCAAAGGCAUAGCCCAAAAGGUGUUCUGUUGUUCCUGACUGUAACCCGUUCUUGUCAGGUGUUUUGGUUCAUGAAGAAAAAUUGUCCCACAGAAUUUAUUAAGGACUCAGCCCAUCAGUGUUGCAUAAUCCACCUGGGACAGACAGGUUUCUCUCCUGUCGCUCUUGGCACCCCCUUGGCAGAUCUGUAGGUAUUUACCUACAAUCAGAUGUGGACCUGACUCUGAGGGUCCUCCUUUCCUGAAAUUAGUGAUGAAAAGUUAGCAACAUAGCUGGAUUACAAUAAACAUUCAUACUGCGGCCCUGCUGACCCAAACGACUCUUUGACUUUGAAAAUGGUAAGCACUAGGAAUAUCAGGCAGUGUCUAGAGUCACGCUGUUGCCUGAUAGAACUUCUGCUAUGUAACAAAAGAAAAAUCACUUUCUGCCUUGUGUAGUAGACUGCUUUCCACCUAGUGUCUCUGUUCUGGUUUCUACAUAGAACUCUAGAGAUUGCUUCCUGAUAGACGACUGAUUCAACUGGGAUGUUUGACAGCAAAGUUGUUAAUCUUCUGUAAAGAUUUGGCAUGGUCUUAUGCCGUGAUACAAGGGAUAGGGCAAAGCAUUCCAUAUGCAAAGACAAGAAUUGGAAUAUCAAGGCACUGAUUAUCAUGGGAAGAUAAUAGUUUACAAGAAUGAGUUAUGGAUAUUGGUAACAUAGUAUUUGUAGGAGGGGAAAAAAGGCUAGCAAAUUUUUUCGUGUGUUUUUACAAUUUAUGUUUUGAAAUGCCACAAGGGAACAAUGUCUUUGGUAAAUAAUAUCAGAGCAUAAAUAUCAUGAUUUAACUUAAGGUUUACAGUAAGCUACAUAAAGAUGUGUGAUGGUGAAUGACGAGAAAGAGAUGUGUGAUGCUGAGUGACUUACAGGUGUUUUUGGCUGUGGUGGUGUGAGGACCCAAUAAUGUUGCAUUUCCUUUCCAGUGUGCUCAAUUGGUACAUCUUUAGCUAUUCCGUUCCUUUCCUCUGUUUUGUGAUGAAUGCUUUGUAAGGAUGAGAACCCCAAACUGUGGGCCUGUGUGUGUGGGCCCGAGAAGUAAAGUGUUGUAGGACUCCCCUCCGUUCCUUUGGGGGUGCUCCUCCCACGAGGCCUGGCCGGCAGUGAUGUGCAGGGGCCUCCGCCUCUCUCUCCAAGUACCUCAGCAGGUCAUGGACCUCCCUGUGCCUCGAACCCCUCAUCCGUGCAAUGGGGGUCCUGACUGGUGAACUCAAAGAUCCCUUUUGGAGCUGAAAACAUUAACUAGAAUAUAGUUCAACAACAGCAACAACAAAAGAGUUAUUCUGUUUGUUGGCUUGGUUCCGGAUUCUUUUUGUAAGUUUGUUCAUUGGUUUUGGUGCAUAUUGGAAUACAGUUUUACAGUUUAGCCAUGAUCAUCAUUUUGGUCAAAAAUUAGUACAAAAUUCUUUAACAUUAUGUAAUUUUAAAAAUCGGCAUUGACUACGCUUACUUGAUUUUAGUGCACACCAGAAUUAGCGAACAGAUUUCUAAAAAUUCAACUGUGUGUAAAUGCUGCUUAUUUAUAGGACUUAGAUUAGGAAUUUAAAUUCAGAAUGUGAAGUCGGAGUUCUGUUUUGCUUAGCAGUCAGGCCACCUGAAUGGAUUCUGAGAAGGUACAGAUAUAAAAUCCAUGGGCAGGCAUUGUGGUUUAGUGGGCCAGGCUGCCUCCUGGGGUGCUGGCAUUCCCUGUGAGUCCCAGCUACUUCACUUCCUAUCCAGCUCCUACUGAUGGGCCUGGGAAAGCAGAAGAAGAUGGCCCAAGGACUUGGGCCCCAGGACCCAUGUGGGAGACCCAGAUGAAGCUCCUGGCUCCUGGCUUCAGCCUGGCCCAGCCCUGGCCAUUGCAGCCAUUUGAAUGGAAACUGCCUCUCUCUCUCUCUCUCUCUCUCUCUCUCUCUCUCUCUCUCUCUGUCUCUCCCUCUCCCCCUCCCCCUCUCUCCCCCCUCCCUCUCCCUCUCCCUUUCCCUCCCUCUCCCCUUGUGUGUGUUUCUCUCCCUCUCUAUAUAUAACUCUGCCUUUCAAAUAAAUAAUAAAAAUUUUUUGAAAGAUACAACACCCCAUCGUUAGUCCUGGAGGUGACUAAUGGGUGAGCCGAAAUCUGCCUCACGACGGCCAACAGGAACACAGCCUGAGUUCUUAUGUGUGUGUGGCCUCAGAUUUAAGGUGGCAUUACAGGCUUCAUGUCUAUCUUUUGAGUGAAUGAUUUCUCUGGAAUGAUUAUUAACAAGUAAAAAUUAAAGAUAAUAUGUAGCAUUUAUAAUUUAGGGGAAAAGUACCCUCAAACAAUUUCAGUUAUCAACUUGUGAUUUAUAAAAAUUAUUCAUUUUCUCUAUGCACAUUGGAUUGCAAGUGACCCUCGUGAGCCACAUAUUCACCCCUCACAGGCUUCAUUACAUACACACAUGUUCAGAGAUAACCAGGAUUCUAAGACUCUGGGUUUUAGACUCAGCUUUUUAAUGCAGGUGCGACCCGGGAAGAACAGGUCUCCACAUGAAAGCUCGUUGUGCGUGGCCAACACAAAUCAAAGCUGUGUUUCAAGCGCCGCUUCCUCUGGCUUGUGGAAAGUGACCCACAGCUGACGCCGCAGCCCCGUGUCCCUGAGGUCAGGAAGUUUCUGAGAAAAGCUUCCCAUCCCUGGCUGAUUUUCCAUCUCAUUCCACAGGAUUCUGGGUGUUUUCACUGCAGUACUACGAGACCUUGGAUAUCCUCGUUCAUUAGUGUUUUAAGCUGAAAAUGUUAAGACCUGAAGGCUUAUAUGACCUAUUUAAAUAAGUUAAACGAUACCUCCUGUUGUUGGAAUGAUUUUUUAAGGUGUCCUUUUAAUAUGCUGGACCCCUGUGUGUAUGUAUAGAUUAGCAUUCGGAGAAGAGCAAUAAGGAAAUGUGCAGAAAUGAAAAUAUUUGUGAAGUUGCUGGGAUUAUGAAUGGUGUUUUUUCCAAUAUUUUAUGUAAUAUUGUCACAUCAUUUUUACAAUAAAAUUUUGAAUGCUCUUAUCAUCUAAAUGAUGCUACUCUGUUAUUAGAAAGGUAAACUCUUACAGUGAAGGUCUCAAAUGCAAUGACAAAUAGUUUUCAAACCUUAACCCCAGAAGCAAAGCAAACACUUUAGAAUCUUACCCUACAGAAGCACGGAUUGAAAUGCAGUCUAGGCCGGCGCCGCGGCUCACUAGGCUAAUCCUCCGCCUUGCAGCGCUGGCACACCGGGUUCUAGUCCCGGUCGGGGCGCCGGAUUCUGUCCCGGUUGCCCCUCUUCCAGGCCAGCUCUCUGUUGUGGCCAGGGAGUGCAGUGGAGGAUGGCCCAAGUGCUUGGGCCCUGCACCCCAUGGGAGACCAGGAGAAGCACCUGGCUCCUGGCUUUGGAUCAGUGCGGUGCGCCAGCCGUAGCGCGCUGGCCGCGGUGGCCAUUGGAGGGUGAACCAAUGGCAAAGGAAGACCUUUCUCUCUGUCUCUCUCUCUCACUGUCCACUCUGCUUGUCAAAAAAACAAACAAAUAAAAACAAAAAAAAAAUAAAGAAAUGCAGUCUCAAGACCAAAAAGGUUAAGCAUCCACCUGCCAAGCCAGCAUCCCAUAUGAGCGCAGUUUGGAGUCCUCACUGCUCCACUUGGGAUCCAGCUCCCUGCUAAUGGAUCUGGGAAAGCAGCAAAAGAUAGCUCAACUCCUUGGGCCCC